GUCGGCGCGGCUCCGGGGUUCGUGCGGCCGCCGGAGAGGAGGUGGUGGGCGUCGGUGUCUCCUGCCGGGCUUCCGUGCGCUCGGCGGCGGGAAGCGCCGUCCCCUCCCCCAGGGUAUCAAUGCAAGCCUGAAUAAGGAAACAACUUCUCCUGAACCAUGGCAUAUCAGUUGUACAGAAAUACUACUUUGGGAAACAGUCUUCAGGAGAGCCUUGAUGAGCUCAUACAGUCUCAGCAGAUCACCCCGCAACUUGCCCUCCAAGUCCUACUCCAGUUUGAUAAGGCUAUAAAUUCAGCACUGGCUCAGAGGGUCAGGAACCGAGUCAACUUCAGGGGCUCUCUAAAUACAUACAGAUUUUGCGACAAUGUGUGGACUUUUGUAUUGAAUGAUGUUGAAUUCAGAGAGGUGACAGAACUUAUUAAAGUGGAUAAGGUGAAAAUUGUAGCCUGUGAUGGUAAAAAUACCGGAUCCAAUACUACAGAAUGAGUAGAAAAUGCAGUGGCUUUUUUAUGCCGUCCUCGUUAUCCACUAUUUGGAGAGAAGCACAGAAGAGACUUUUUUUAUUUAUUCUAGCAUUGCAGAAAUCACUACACUGUGCUAGACUAUCAGAAUCCCAUUAGAAAGACACCUGUACUUCUGUAACAUCUCAUAAUUGUUAUGAUACAGCAUGAAGAAGCAGCUUUUUUCAAAUGACAAAUCAGACAUUGUUGUUGCCUUCCUAAGAACGUUCUUUAAUAAACUCAUUUUAAAACAGUGUGA